AUUAUUAUUUCUUUUUUUCCUUUUUCUUUUUCAUAUAAAAACUGCCAUUGAAUCGAGGCCCAGUGGAUCCUUUAUUCUAUAAAUCGCCUUCUUUGUUUUCUUUGUAAGCGAGACGAAAAAUACAAACUCAAGAAAUUGUCGGUUUUUUGGCUCUUGUUAUAGAGAUCAAGAGUGUCCUAGUGGUUAAAUCUGAGUUUGUUCGAACUGAUCCAUGGAUUUUGAGCAAUAUUAUGCUCGGGAAUGGAGGACAGUCCCAGGUGCUUCAACACCCGAGACUUUGAAUGGUAACUUCAACUGCAAUAUCUGCUUAGAUUUUGCACAUGAGCCGAUUGUUACACUCUGCGGUCACCUUUACUGCUGGCCUUGCAUCUAUAAAUGGCUUCAUGUCCAGAGUGCCUCCCUUGCUUCAGACGAGCAUCCGCAGUGCCCGGUUUGCAAAGCAGAUAUAUCUCACACCACCAUGGUUCCCCUUUACGGUCGUGGCCAAUCUGAAUCUGAACUUCAAGGCAAGGCACUUUAUAGGGGUAUGGUGAUACCCCCAAGACCACCGGCGAGCAGUUCACAUCCUCUCUUAUCACCUACAUCCCCGAACAGUCAGCAGCUUCCUUAUCGCAACCCUUACCAAAACCAAAACUACAACCCCCAUGCUUACUACGAACACGAUUCAUCCUCCCCGUUGCUAAACCUCGGAGGUUCCAGAGUGACCGGAUUCCAUCAUCCGCUUGUUGGGAUGUUUGGAGAGAUGGUAUAUGCAAGGGUGUUCGGAAAUUCGGAAAGCAUAUACGCAUAUCCGAACCCAAACUACCUAACGGGAAAUGGUAAUAACCCGAGGUUGAGAAGACAUGAGAUGCAGGCUGAUAGGUCACUGAAUAGAAUUUCUAUCUUCCUCUUCUGUUGUUUCCUUUUGUGCUUGAUUGUAUUUUGAGCUUCUUAUUUUACUUGCCAUUUUGUAUAAAUUGUAAAGAAUUAAGAUGUAAACUUGUGGUAUAGCCCCCAUAAGCUGAUGAGAUUAUAUUGUAUGAUUAAUAUAAUAUUAGAUUUUAUUUGAAAA